AUGAUGCUUGAUUAUGAAAAUAAUGUUGUGGAAUGCGUCCAGACAACACUGUCUGGUUACGAGCUGUCCCUCUUGGUCCUGGACCUGCUGAGCCGCCUGGCACCUCGCGCGCACUCGACUGCACUGUCGGCUGCCAACAUGUGUGCCCACCGCUUGUGUGGUCCGGGGCUGGUGGCGGCGGCGGCAUGGGCGGAGCUGGGAGAGAGCCGGCAGUGGGAGGUGCGGGCACGGCUGGUGGCAGUUGUAGCUGCGUGCCUGCCCGCCCUGCUUGUGCCGGCAGUGCUGCCUGCCACCCUGCGCUCUGGCCUGCUGCCUAUCUUGAUCAAGGUUUUGGAAGAUGUAGUACAUCGUACAUCAGCAGCUAUUAAGCAGACAGAGGAUAAGGGAAAUGACGAUGAAAGUGCGUCUGUGUGUGGUAGUUUCGCAACUGUUGCCAGUCCUCUUACAAAGGAAGAUGCCAUGAAGGCCCAGAAUGUGGUCUACGGAAUAUCCCUGGCUGUUCUCGUGUUUGUACGGGGAAUACUCGUCACUCACCGUGGGGGUGGCACCGACAGGCUGCAUGACGCUCUCGAACUGCUGGGGCUGUUUCUCCAAGGAAGAGGAGCACGACUUAUCGAGUCCGCCAUCAGUAUUGUCGUUGCUGUGCCAUUUGUUGAGAACUGUGUCUCAGUGAGUCGUGCCUCCAGGUUGGUCGACAACGUAGCCCGCCUCGUGUCUACUUUGAAACGCACGCAACUAGAACUCGUGCAGCAGGCAACUCGCCGAUCAAGGCGCACCUCAGCCCCAGCACCCGGUGCGGCAGUCGUGAUCUCCACAAGCUCAACUCCAACCCACCACCAUGCUCCGGACCCCCUCGAUGCAUCAUAUUGCCGCGUGUCUGCUGUCUUCACAGUAUUAAUGCACCUGCUGUCUGUACCUGCCGUGAGGGAGCGAGUACUCCGUGCUAUGAGGCACUGCGGUACCUGCUGCUGUUUCCAGCCUCGCACAUUAGUUAGUGCCCUUGUUGGUAUCCUAGAACAAGCUGGAGGCAAUAAACGUGUGAGACGGCUUACUUUCGCCCUUCUGGAAAGGUCACUUUACCGUGAAUUGGGUGCUGUCGUAACAGAUAGAAACAAAAGUUGUUCUGUAUGCUCCCGCUGGUCUUCGUCAUCGUCAUCAUCAGACUUGCUCUUUGUAGCUGAAGGUUACAUAUCUGGAGAAGGAGUGGGAAGGUGGUCUUGCGUGGAGCUCUUCCGCCCAUUACUCGAAGCAGACACACACAACUGUCAGCUGAGCCAGGCCUUGGCAGCCCACCUAAUCCAGCAGAUGCCACGCUUUACCCCCUAUGUGAAGCUGCAACUACUGCUCCAUGUUUUCUUACCUGCAUUUGUAAACAUUAAGCAACGUUUCCUCGAACAUCGCAUGGAGGCUGACAAGAUACUCCUUGGGUCCUGCCUUUCGGCACUCCUGGUACUGCUUGGCUGCAGUGAGGAACUUUCACAAGAGUUUUCAAGAAAGAAAGGCAUUGACCACAUCCGUGACUUGAUCUCAGAGUCGCCAUUUGUGCACAUCUGCUGUUCUCUCCUUGAAGUAACUGCUACCGUGGACAUUUGGUGUAUCAGUUGUGAGGCUGAAGGUGACAAACAUCUGGAUGUUGUGGAGCAUUUAAAAAGGCUGCCAAAUAUUGAGCUGCUUCAUCACUGUGCAGAGGACACAGCUAAAAAGCUUCUUGUGCUGCUCAGUGCAGCUGACAGUUUAGCAGAGGUUGAUGCAAUGUUGGGUGACUGCACUGUUUUCUGGCAUUCAGUGGUGGACCUUGCUGCAUAUUCACCAGCAUAUCGACAAUUGUUAAAACUAACUUGUGUGCCUGACAGUAAAAACUUCCUUGUAUCACUUCUAGCAGCAGGUGCUAAGAGUGAAACAAUGAAUUACAAUAAUCCAUCACUCAUGAAGCUGCUUGAAGUUGUACUUGCACUAAAUAUCUUGUCUGCUCCAGAUGUCUCUGAAGUUGUGGAGAUACUGAAGGAACAGCUCAGUCAGUCUGCCAGUACUGAAGAUGAAAAUCGUUACCUCUGGCUCUGCAAGCUGGUAAUGGACAGUUCUGUAGCAGAAAGCUGCUCCCACCAUAUAAUGCCACCACAUCGUAAAACAAAGGCGCAGAAGAACACUUUAACGGAGGUGGGCAUAUGAAGUGCAGCUCAUAAGUGUAGUCAUUUUCAUGAGAAAUGUUAGUACUGAUGAUAGGCAUGGUUUCUAUACAUAGGCAACAUUGAUGGUGA